GCCGACUCACCGAACGUCCAUCUUUCUUCAGUUCACCUGAACAUCAACCGCCUCACCCGUGACACUCGAUCAAUCCAACUCUACCAUUUCAUAACAUCACAGUCACGCCCAAGAAACCAAAAUGAAUCGCAACCCGGGAUCCAAACCAAAACCGAAACCCUCGAAGCCCAGACAAAAACUCACCAGCAACCAAAAAGCAACCAGCACGACACAACCACCAUCAUCAAACCCUUCCCUCCCCCAACAAGUCCAAAACCCCCUCGCAGUGCCAACAACCACCACCACCUCCUCCUCCUUACCCUCCUCCCCAGACCCAAAAGAUCCCUCCUCCCUCCUUCCCACCCUAACCCCCGCCCUCGAGAUCCUCUCCCGCUUCCACCACCGCAACAAGAACCAGCACCGCCUGUCCAAAUGGUGGGCCGAAGCCGACAUGCUGCGGCGGCACCUGCGGAAGCUGAUCGAGGCAGCGAACGAGUGGUGUGAUAAGGAGCCGGAGAGGGAGGCGAGGAGGAGGAAGGAGGAGGUGAGGAAGAAGAAGAGGGAGAGGGAUGAGCGGUUGGGGAGGGGGGAGAGGGAUAAAGGGAAAGAUGAAGGAAAAGAGGAGGGCGGCAGUGAGGAGGGGGAAGAUAAGCAGGCCAAGGAGGUUAAGUUGAGGGCGGAGUAUUUGAGGGGGAAGUUAAGGCCUAGGGCUUAUUUCGCCUUCAGCCAACUAUCCGCCGACAGACAAUUUGCUCACCUAGGCCUCAUGCUCCUCGGCAUUCUAGCCCAAGUAGACAAGGCACUUUCAGCAUUCGCCCCCAUUCCAAUCGACGACGACGCUGCUGCCGCCGCCGACGAAGCGGCAGAAGACAGGAGCUCGACCGUCAACGCUACAGUCACAGAUCAGUCAGCCGACGAUGCGCCUAACCGACGGCACAAUGACAUCGGCGUAGCGGUAUCAAGGGAAGAGUUACUCGCUAUGAUGUCGGCAUCCACCGCAUCUGGACCCACGGAAGACACCUUGACGAGGAGAGAUGCUCGAGAUCAAGCACUACCCACCACCGAGACUGAAUCUGGAGCACCACCACCACCAGAAGCAGGAGAGAACAGGCAGGGCAAGGAUAAGAGCAGCGGGAAGAAGAGACCGAGGGACGAUGACUCCUCUUCUGAACCAACACCACCGGUAUCCAAGAAGAAGAGGAAGACGAGAGAUGGAGAUGGAGAUGACAUCGACGACAUCUUUGCUUCAUUUGACAAUCCCAGGAAGGAGAAGAAGAAGAAGGAGAAGAAGAUGAAGAAGACGACCACCACCGCAACGGCUACUACCACAACCAUCUCAACAGCCACCACGACCUCAAUAACAACAGCAACAACAACCACGAAAGUGAAAACAACAACAGCACCAGCACCAGCACCAGCAGAAGCAGAAGCAGAAGCAGGACAACAAAGCAAGGACGACCUCGAUGACAUCUUCGCCUUUCUAGAAAAGCCCAAAAAGAAGAAGACCGCGAAAGCCAAGAAGACGGAUGACUUGGACGAUAUCUUCGCCUCCUUUGAUACCAAAAAGGAGAAACCCAAGACGAAGAAGAAAAAGAAGACGACGGGGGCGGAUGAGUUUGAUGAUAUCUUUGGGGGGUUGUGAAAGGGGGACUACAUAGGUCAAGACGUAGUGUACUCGGUUGUUGGAGGAGGUGAUGGAUGUACCGUUUUGUGUGCAAAAGAUACCAUUGUAUUUGAAUUGCUCGUGUUGUUUCGAGUAAGUCCACUUUCAUCGAGGGCAUU